AUGGAAAAGUACGGGAUUAAAAAACCCGGACAGGCCGUCAAUUUCACGGACAUGAUUGCAAAAAUUCAGUACCGGGGUGGACUAAAUGUAACUGGAAAGUUGGACUAUGAGACCAAAAAGCUUUUUGUGCUACCACGAUGUGGCGUCCGGGAGCAAGAAGACGAGAACCAAAAGCACAGCUCACUUCCAUCAAGAGGAAGAAUUAAACGGUAUACUAAACAAGGGACAGAAUGGAAAAAAAGAGUAAGUGUAAUUUAAAUAGCUUUUUGGUGUACAAAGUGCGGUUUUUGUACACGUGGGGUUUAUGCGCCGAUCAAUUCGAAGCUGCAACACCCCAACCCACGGGUAUUUGACCGUCGUCCGUGCCCGGAGAAGGAAUACUUAAACGUUACUUGGCUCGGGUGGGAAAUUUGAAGUGGAAGUGUAUACAAGUGUUAUAUCUUCAAUUAUGCUGGAGUUUAAGAAUAAUACAUCCGCGCGCGAAUACCUUAGAACAAAUGGUCUACAAGGUCUAGUUUUUAAUGCCCGGUCAAUGUGUAGAAAGUAACAGUCGCUCAUUUUGCCUUUUCCAAGAAAGAUUGGGUGAGGCAUUUGAACAAACCAAUCUUCAAAAGGUUCAAAUACUCAGGGGGUUGCCCGGAGGGGGGAUAUUUAGGCUUCGAUUUGAUCGACUCGUUAUUUCCUCCAAUGAAGCCGUUUCCCUUAAUAGUAAAUAAUACUACACUAUUGAACCUGAACGUUGAACCUUCGCGACCAUUCACACUCUAACAGCAAAAGAAAACCAGAAAGAUACAAAAGAAACUGAAAAACGAAAAAAAGUCCCAAAGCAGUUAUAACUCGCGCAGUUUCAUGUUGUACAAGAAAUUUCUCCGACCUAGCGUUAUUUUGCGUUCUGUAAGAAAAUCCUUUCUCCCUUCCAAAACAGUACCUGGCAGGAAUAUCUCGAUAAGGGUUGGUGAUCUUAUAAUAAUGUGAAGGUUUAUCUAAACUGUAUAACAAAAGUAAUGUUUGCUCUUCUCUCUUUUAAAGAACCUUUCUUACCGUUUCUUGACACCCACAAAAGAUCUUCCUGUCGACGUCCAGAGAGACAUUCUUCGAAAAAUGAUCAAAAAAUGGGCAGACGUCAGCACCCUGACCGUCCGGGAGCAAACUGAUCCAUCAGUGCCUAAUGACGAUGUGGAGAUACUCAUUUCAUUUGUUGCAGGCUACCAUUUUGAUCCGUACCCCUUUGACGGCGUAGGAGGAACAUUAGCGCAUGCGUAUUACCCGCACAAUAACAGAGGUUAGUAUCAACACCUUCAAUCAAGGCUGUAUUUCGUCGAUUAAACGCAGUUCGUUUAAUAAGUCUUAUUGCCUCUUAUUAUCAGUUACCAGUGAUGGUGUAGAUUGGCAAGAAGCACCAUGCGUGCAAAUUCUUUUAUCAUUUAAUUCUCGAAUGAACCCGAUUUUUGGCAGACUCACUGCGGCGUUUAUUGGUAAUUUUGCUCCCAUCUAUGGAUUUCAUUCGAAAUCGGUGUUUAUUGAUAAUUCUCCUUCGAAAAAGGAUGUUAAUACGCUGGAGAAUGGGGUUUAAUAGUCAUUUUGCAUCCCUAUAUGGCCUUUAUUGAUAACUUUUUCCACCUCCGGUGGUCAAUCGAGGGAAGCGUAUUUGAAGGCUGCAUAAACCUGCUAAGAUAUAAAAUACUUUAGAGCUGUUUGGACACUGUAUCUAUGACGAAAUCUUUUAUUCCAUGGCUUGGCGAAAUGGAGUGUGUGUGAUUGUGGAUAUUUCGCUCUCACACGCAUGUAACUUUAACAGUUCUGAUACUAAUCUUGACAAGAAACGAUGAUUUUUCUUAAGUUUAUUUUCAAGCUGUCAUUUUAUAUCACCGUUUUUCAAAAGAUAAUUUCCCUCCUAGGCUUGUCCGGUGACGCUCAUUUUGAUGACGAUGAGCUGUUUACCACGGGAACACCAAAUGGCAUCAACCUAGACUGGGUGGCGGUUCACGAAUUUGGACACAGCAUGGGUCUGGAACACUCCAACGUACGAGAAUCCAUUAUGUACCCUUGGUACAAGGGUUAUUUUCCUAAUAUCGAGCUUACUGAGGAUGAUAUCCUUGGUAUACAAGACAUUUAUGGUAAGUGCCCCGGAGUAAAAGCACGAAACUCAACUCGCUCCUGUCUAUCCAGAAAUUGGGAUGCCUGGAUCAGAAACUCAUUCGGUGAAAAUUGUCCGGUAAUGGUGCCAUCGCGAUUACAAAUACUUUUACUCCAUCUUAUGCGUCAAGCAAGUAUCAUUAUUUGGGUUCGAUAGAUCGCUGCCUCAGUAAGCCUCUCAGUGACAAAGUGGUGGAGUAUCUGAGGCGGUUGGGGUAUACAAUAGGUUUGCCAAAAAACUGAGAGUUCCCAUUUUCUUACGGCGCGGCAAUUAAGUUUCACAUCUUCAUUGAAAAUUAUGCAAAUUUGUUUGUGGCCUAAAAAAUGGUUCCAAAUUUUUAUCUUCUCUUUGGUCAUUGAAAAUUAUGCAAAUUUGUUUGUGGCCUAAAAAAUGGUUCCAAAUUUUUAUCUUCUCUUUGGUCAUUAAUGAAUUGUAGAAAAGCCUAUUACAACGAUACGUUCUACUCAAACAAAUCCUCCGACAAUGCCCUUUUUGUGGAUUUUAUGUCUUCUUAUGAUACCCAUGAUUAUGAUACAUCAUGUGUGCAAAUGUUUAAACAUGCGACUGAUCAUUAUCGUUGAAUUCAUCUUGUAGGUAAACCACCAACCACAAGUCCCAACAACAACCACUCCUCCGACUACCACCGAAGCGACGACAACCACCCCUCCGACUACCACCGAAGCGACGACAACCACCCCUCCGACUACCACCGAAGCGACGACAACCACCCCUCCGACUACCACCGAAGCGACGACAACCACCCCUCCGACUACCACCGAAGCAACGACAACCACCCCUCCGACCACCACCGAAGCGACGACAACCACCUCUCCGACUACAACUGAAGCGACGACAACCAAGCUCCCUACAACGACGGAAGCGACGACACCUAAAGCAACAACGAUGGCCACGACUAAGCCCACGACCAAAGCAUUUACAGAGAAACCAACUACCCCUGGUAUACAACCAGUUCUUGAUAUUUGCAAAGUGUCGAAGUUUGACGCUUUCUUGAUGGGCACGGACGGUAGGACAUACGUGUUCAGUGGAGAAUAUUUUUGGUCGUUAUCUCCAGACCUCGAGAUUUAUCAGGGCCCAAUGAAGAUCAAAUCAAAAUGGAGGGAACUCCAGACACCAAUCAACAGCGUGUAUACCAAUUCUAACAGAAGGACUGUGUUUUUUAAAGGAAGCCUGUAAGUUUACUUUACUCAACUGUUGACCGCCACUAGCCCAAAAACUCUUGAUGCUGACUAAGUUAUUCACAUUUCUCCACCUUGGCGUAAGUUAAAUUGUAUUUCUUAUGAGUGCUCUAUGGCUUUCUUUUUUAAGGUAACGUUUCCAGCUUUUCUUAUUUCCAUUAGCCGUUGUAAUAAGUUUAUUUUAUUUAGGCGAAAAGCGUUCUUUAUCUUCAACUGCAUCGUUUUUAAUUUUGACAGAUACUGGAAGUAUUAUGGUUUCAUUCUCGAGGAAGGCCCCAGAGAGAUAACUCGCUUCGGCCUGCCUUCGUCACUGACUGAUCCUGAUGCAGCAUUUGUUUGGGGAGGCAAUGGCAAGACGUAUUUCUUCAAAGGGAAUAAUUACUGGCGAUACAACGAGUUCAAAAAUAUCGCAGACGAUAAUUAUCCAAGACCUAUUUCAGUUUGGGGUAAGGUAUCUUUACUUCGAAAAUUGACUGGUCUGUCAUUUCAAAUGUGUUUUACAUGAGGUAAACUGCGCUUGAUUGCUUGUGGAAAUAGAAUGUUUGCAUGCCUGAGCAACGUUACUCUGGUAGAGUUUAUACUCAUUUUCUUCAAGUCCUAAAAAAGAAGGGAAAAAGGAAGGGACUAAGUGAUAAAUUACCGUCUGGUAAAAGAGCUAUUGUUUCUCGACCGGAAUAACUGCAUAACUUGACCUUUUACAACCAUAAGAAAUUCGUCGUCAGAAAAUAGUAAACAGAAAUUAGAAGGGCGCGAUAAAAUUUGUAAGUUUUUCCGUCAAGAGGACCACUGACAAUAAAGAGAGGUAAAUUGACGAUUAUUCAAUAAAACUUGGAAAAAAUUGCCACAAGUUUGAGGAAAAAUUAAAACUUAAAACCGGAUGGAUAAAAUUUGCCGCCCUUUUACACACCUGUCAGUGUUUUUUCGUUUCGUCUGAUCGAUUGACUGAUUAUGGUCUCAUAUUAACUUCAAUUUCGCUCCGUCAACUAUCUCUUACUGGUCGACUGACUAGCCUGUGUGUGUUUUGAAUUUUAUUCAUUCAAAAAUUCAUAAAGAAACCGUCAUUCCAAUUUUACGUGUGUUGAUCCUGGCAGUGUGCUGGACGCUUCUUUCAUCUGAAACUAGAGAUACUGAUUUGCCUUUUGAUUAACAUUCAAGGUCUUCCUCACCAAGUGGACGCAGCCAUUACAUGGAAAGGAAAUCGCAGAACCUAUUUCUUCAGAAACAGCGAGUAUUGGAAGCUAGAUGAUGGCGCCCUUAGAAUGGUGUCUGGAUACCCGCGUAUUAUCGGCCCUGCUUGGAUGCGAUGCAUUGACAUAUAAACAGGUUGAAAAUGAGAAUUUAUUGUGAAUUUUCCCUUCACAACAAGGAAAGAACAAAAUUCUUAGAAUUUUAUGACCAUCGUUCAUACAAUUUAGAUAAGCCCGGUUAGUUUAAGCUUCAGUUACACAAGUAAGAAAUUAUUAUCACCAUUUUACUAUCUCUCUUAUUCUAUUAACAAGGAAUCAUUUGUUAUUGGCCAAGGAGAGGGAUACUUGUUGCGAAACCAGUCAAGCUCGGAAAACUUGCUGAAAUGAAAUUAAAGUUUCCGAGGCGCUCUGCAAAAUGUGUUUGAUGGGACGUAUCAUACAAAAAGAUAUCCGCCUUGAAAGAGUUUUACACUAGACAAGAUUCUACUUUUAAAAAACCGGCGCUUCAUCUUUUCGUGAAGUUGAAUGCCAGUUGAGCCCGCGAGAACUGCUAAAAUAUUCCAAUCGAGGGUUCAAGCCGCCAUACUGAAUUAAUUUAAACGUUCAAAGCUUGGAGCGAGUAAAACGUGUACUGGAGAGUGUACUGGGUUAGAGUGAGUUCGACAAAUCUUCUUCGAUUGAUCGAUUUGUUAAAGAAAAUCACAUCUGAAACCAUGUUUAUACUGAUAAAUAUUUCACGUCUCCCAACAGAUCAUCUAUUUUGAACCCCCCCCCACCCCCGAAGAAAAAUAGUAUCGCAUGCUUUGACUGCUACAUAAUCAACUUACAAGUAAAGAUGAGAAAAUAAACAUUUUCAAAUAAUCAAUUGCGGAUUGAUUUAUUGCUUGACUGAUCGACAUUUUCUUGUCCUUCAAUUGUCAUCAUCAUCAGCGAAAAGAGCUUGCGUAUCAUUCUUAAAGCCAAAAAGGGAACUGAAAAACCUCACGAAAACCUCACGAAAACAAGAAAGCACAACCCAGACAGUCAGAUUACUUAAAAGAGGAAUUUAUAUAAGGAAAGGGUAAAUUAAGGUCACGACCGAAUUUGAUUUUUUUAAAUACUAUGCUGUGUAUCUCAAACAACAUGUUGUGAACGUUUUCAGGCUCAAAUCGCAUAAACAAACAACGUCCAGCCUCAGCCCCUAAGUUGCACAUUCUUAUAAUAAAAUAAGAAAAACGAGUGUAUACUGCUAUGAAAUAAAGUUCGGAAAACGAUGGGUUUCUUGAACUAUUUGUGGCUCACAUUAAUAAUAAUAAUAAUAAUAAUAAUAAUUACUUUAUUUAAGGAGGGUAUAACACACAACAGUAAUUCAACUGAUGAACUAAUGGUCCUCGAUCUUAAAAGUACCGUAAUAAGAAUUGAAAUGUAUUCGAGGAUUAUAAAACUGGUCAAUUGAGAAUUAUAAAACUAGAUUAUAAAACUGGUCAUUGAGAAUUGAAUAACCUUGGAAUGGGUCAACUUGAUUGAUACAGGGGAAUGUUUGGAAUGUAAGUAGCACCCUACGGGACGACUUUCUUUGUAAAAAAAAAUGCCGAGACCACCAUCACGAUUUGUUUUCCUUGGAUCAAAUCAAACCAGUAUAAAGUCAAAAAGGAUCAACUUCGGCAGCUAUAUUUAGGAUUCUCAAAUAAUUCCCCUUUUGUUUGCAUUUGUACCAAGUAAGGUGAAGUUAGUUGUAGCAUUAGUCCUACUCAGGCGACAAGUGAGGUACGUACGUGAAUAGUAAAGAAAAAUUUUGACGUAAAUCACACCGUUUAGGCCAAAAUACGUCUCAGCUAUGCUAUGAUCCUCUUCAUUGACUAAAGGAAGGUCUGGGGCUGAAAAUGGGCUUCACAAAAAUAUUGUUCUAUAAACAGCCAUGCUCAAUGACCUUACGUUUGAUGCCGGAAAAGUCAUGCUGAAAUCGGCCUUCUAAAUAAGCUAUUUUGAUUUUGGUACCAGUAGAGUGAACAACGGAGAAAUAAUAGUAUACACGAAUACCCAUCCCUUCAGCCAUUUUGCUAAAUUGGCACUGCGUAUACAAAAGUUCCUUGAUGAUGCUUAUUCGUAACUGCCCAAUCCGAAAUAAAAUACGAAAAACACUUAAAAGGGGCGAUGAGGUUGAAAAUUGUUUAAGACAUCUCAGCAGUUAUUCAAUUACCUUCCAACUCUCAGUCUGUCCACCUUUUUAACUGUUUCAUGGAGAUUGUAACUUAACACUAAAAGCUCUGUCUUGCAGAUUUUUGGGAGCUAUUGACAUCCAAAGAAAUUAUUUGGUGGCUUAUUGAUUCCAGAUUGAUUUGCAUUGGUUUGCGUCGACCAGCCUCGAAGGUUGGUGACUUGCAGUUCAUACUGGUUGAUUUCGAUCAUCACUUCUAAUCGGAUUGCUCAUUUCCCCUCGCAACACUUGACCCAACAAAUCUCUGUUUACUGUCUUAGUAGAAUCGAGUAAUGAAUCAGUGAUGUUCCUCUGAGGGCCUCAAUGCUUUCAUGUCUUUGCACACGUGGUAAAAAACCACAGGCGGCAUAAUUACAUCCUGCUUCUGAGAUCGCUAUCGCUAGUAACCUAAGUACACAAGUAUCAAAGAACACCGGCCACGAGAGGGAAUAAUUUGUUUUUGAUUACAUAGAAAUUGAGUAUUAAGUAUCCUGGCUAAUUAAUUUCAAAUGCAAGUUUAAGUGCCCGAAGCUCUUUCGUGAAAACCUCUAAAUCUUAAUAAUCUCAUUCUGUCAUCGAGGCAAACUUUGUUUGCUUCAUUGUUUACUCUUUACAGACCGGACCUUAAGUCAAAGUUCAAGUUGGAUUUUUGCAUUUGUGCGCUUUGGUCAUGAGUUUCAAGAAGUCGUCGAUUCUUUCUAUAGAUCUGAGAUCUCCAUGGCAUUUACUCACAGUUGGUUUGUUAAUUAACUGUUGGUAUAGUGAAUGUACCUCAGCAGCGCCCCUUCCUUUCCCAGACUCAAGCAAACCGUCAGUAGCAGUCGUUGAUGCAGUGACACUUAAAGACGCCGAGGUAUUGUGACUUUUUACGCGCUUGUUUUUCCAAAUUCUGCAUCGCAUAUUCAUCACUGGGAUCAAACCAUUCUCUAAAAUAAUGACUGGGAAUCAACACCAAUAAAUAUCAAACUGUAAGCAAUACGCUUCAUUUCUUCCCCCUCCCUCUCCGUCCCGCAUAAGUAUCGGUUGUCUUCUUUGUAGUUAAUCUUACUAGCAUGGAGUUUGUGCAGUGUUGUUAUUUCAGUUACGUAUAGGGGUGCUCCUGUUUCGGUGGGGGAGUAUAACAAGAUUUUUUGGUUUUACCAACUGAGUUUAUAGAUUUACAUUGGUCACCAUAAAGAGUUUAUAAAGCUAACGUUUCGAGCGUUAGCCCUUCGUCAGAGCGAGUCCAGUUACAGCCGAGAAAAGGUACUUUCAAAUACGAAGAAAGGUAAAAAAAAACUCUUUUGCACCUCUGAGAACAUUACCUUUAUUCAUUGUAAGAAAAAAACUUUAACGUUGAAACAAAUCUUGCAUUUUCAUUGCUCUGAUGGUAGGAUAUUUGGUCCAUGCUAACUGUGAAUUUCUUUCCUUGCCAAAAGGAAUUUCCUUAACUGUGAUAAAUAUUCAAAUGUUUUCUUUAGUUUGGAGAAAGAUUUAUCAAAAUCUGUUGGCCUUGUAGUAUGCUUUACCAUUUUGACAAUGACUUGUUUGUUUUUCCAACGUCUGUAUCAUAUAUUCUUUUUGUUGUUUUGGGUAAGUUCUAAUCGCCCAUUGGGAAGGCAAGCAGACGCAUCUGUUGCCAAGACGUUCAUUGACAUAUCACCAAACGGAAGCUUCGCGAACUUUAAUUCUUGGGUUGUUUCCGAUUGGUAUCUUACUAAGGCAUCACAAAGCUUAUUGGGGUAGCACACGCCAAACACAGUAUACUCUGGGCAUUUAUUUAGAAUUUCUGUAAUGGAGAGGCAAGCAUCGCAACUAUUUUGGUCAACCUCCCCAGGACUCAUUUGCCACCAUGCUAUCAGUUAAAAAUUUCGGGAAUUGAUCUCCAACCGAAGUUGGCUAGUAAAAAAAUGAUUUUCGAACAUGUGUUGCGGACAUACCAACCAAUUUAUAGAUUUCCGUCCUCACAUAAUGCUAAGAAUUUAAUGAAGCAUUCUCUAUCUGGCCUAAGACUCUACCUCAUUAUUUAUUUUUAUGAUGUUAUAAUGACAUGAACGUUCAUUCAAAUUUCGAGGUGUUUGUUCAUCUUCUGCCUCCAAAAACAUACUGGAGUAAGUAACUUAAGACGACUUUGGCCUUUGAAAGAAAAACAUUGUUUUUCGUGCAAAUAUCACUUGAUUUCGGUAUCCUUUCAUCGAUCUCGAGUAGAAAUGCCAGUGCAGCUCUACCAAGUUCAGUUUUACGGCUAAAACACUUCCUAGAUGGGCUGUGAGGGCCUACUCUUCAUGAUCAAAAGGCGGUCUACUGUACAGAUGUUGCAGAUGAAGAAGGAUGAUAACCAUACCAUCACUCAAACUUUGGUUGAAUUACUUUGUUAUUUUCGCAACAGCCAUCUAAGAGAGGGAAGAAGUAAAUCCACCAAAAAUAUGUUUCAAGCUUAACAACUUGCUGUUUGGCUUUGCUGCCGACUAUUGCCUCGUUAUCCUACAUAACACUUUACCUCUAUCAUGAUCCUUCAUUUGUUUGCUCUUGAUUUUUUAACGGCCAGAUUCAUAGAAAUUUUCCUCGGUCUUUCCUCUAAUGCUUUUAUGUCCAUGAAUUCAAAUAUGUCUCAGUAUAUUACUCAGUGAAAGUUGAAAUUCCUUUGUCAGGAAUGGAUAAAAAAAUACAAGAUAUUAUCUGGGGUAGGACCGAGUGCGCCAACUCCUGGGCUCGAAAAAGGAAUUGCUUCAGUUCAGCGCAUGGCUGGAAUAAAUGUCACUGGAGAGUUGGACUUUGAGACCAAAAAGUUGUUCGUGAUUCCUAGAUGUGGAAACACAGGGGAAGCAAAUGAGUUAUCCCUCUAUGGUGAAGCAAGACAAAGAAGGAGAAAACGUGAUUCUACCGACGACUACCUUGCUGUAGUAUGUAAUAGACUAAAUGUGAGUGAAAAUGAGAAAUGAGAAAUGUGUGAAAACGCCAAAACAGUUCGUAAAGCCGACACUCAUGUAUAAACAGACAUUCUUAAUGAUAAUUUGUGACUUUCUGGUGAAGCUUAUUGUAUGAAGGUGGUUAGACCACUUUCGCACAAUUGAUAGGUUGGUAAGAUAAGUGGAUUUUGUGUGACAGAGCCAAAUUUAAGAGGAUCUGGUCAGCGUAAGAGAUUUAGCGACGGAAAUAGGUAUACACGAACAAAAUGAAAAAAUACCCUGUGUCACGCUUUGCUCAGUGGAGACGGGCGAAAAACGCACACGCAGAGGUUAAGCAUCCAAGCCCAGUUAAAAGGUGCAAUUGUUUGUGAACAGUUUUCAUUUGCACUGGUUGAACGUAAUCGGUGACUGAAUUGGUUAUGGUUCACUUCGCAUUGUUAGGAGUGUAGAAAAGGUGAAAGGAAGGAUCGCAGUUUUGUUGUCCGUUGUGAUGUGUACUUCAAUAAUAAAACAAAAUUUGCUCUUUCCGUAGAACUACAUUAUCAAGGAACCCUCAAAUCGCUUUCCUAGAGAUGCUCUAGAAGUACAAUUUCUAGGCAGAUUAAAAUUUGGCAAAAAAGGAUUCCUGGUGUAGCAAAGUGCCGUAAUCGGCGCUCGAGAAACGCAGAGAAGAGAGGGGAAAUAGAGAUAAGCUUUGUACAACCCAACAGCAGUGAUCAAUAUCCGUUUGAUGGAAAAGGAGGAACAUUUGGAGAGGUUUUUUUUUCAAAUGAUAGCAAAAGUAAGUUAAACACUUAGUGUUUAAACAAACUCUGAUUUGUUGUUCAUGUCUCAUGGAACAAAUAAGGUUGAAGACAGGAUCAGAUCUUCCAAGUUACCCGUAUUAAUAGCUGGUAGGAUGCGCUUGCCUUGCGAUUCUAAUUCAGUAACCAGUCACUAUACCAGCCGUCACUCCAAUCCUCUUCACCUCAAUGGUAAAGCAUACGAGACAUGAAUAAGAAAGUCGUGCGUUUUUUACUUUAAUAGGCUUACUUUGCAAAUUAAUUUACGCGCAUGUGCAAAGAAUUUUCUUUAACUGUCCUUAAUUUUUUAAGUUAAGGUAUAUUUUGAUGACAGCGAACCUUUCACCACAAAUACAAGCAGUGGCAUGAACUUGGACUGGGUGGCUCUACAUGAACUUGGCCACACCUUAGGUCUGAAACAUUCCAACGUACGUUACUCCGUCAUGUAUCCCUGGUACCAAGGUUACUUUCCGAAUCUCGAGCUUAGCCAGAGCGAUAUCGAUCAGUUGCAAGCCCUGUUUGGUAAGUAGUAAACUGAGUAUUCAGGAAGAGUUUAUCUCAGUUGAGGAUGGAGGGCUCCCCCAAUUAAGUGCAGUGAAACUACAUCGAAAUUAAUCAUAUAUCCACGAGUCAAAACAAAAGGGAAAAUACUUGAAUAAGGAUACCCAUAAAAAUGCGACUGAUUUUAGUUUUGUUUUGAUUGGUUGAGAAAAUGGCGAUAAAUUCUCUGACCAAUAACUAACGGUGCAUACUGAGUCAAAGUUAAUGCAAUCAAAUGAAAAGGUUAAGUUCCUAAAGAAACUGAGGUGCUGCGUCGGUGGGAGAGUAUAACAGGGUAAUUUCAUUUUACCAACUGAGUUGAUAACGUAAAUUGGCCACCGUAAAGAGUAAAGAGUAAAGAUUUUCAAAGCUGAGAUCAGGCAACCACUCGGAACUUCAGCUUGUAAACUCUUUACGGUAGCCAGUUUACGUUAUCAACUCCGUUGAUAGUACUUAAUUACCCUAAUGCAUUCUAAUUUUACGUUCUACUCUCGACUAAAAAAUUGGUUUAACCUUUAAAUCCCUAAGAGUGACUGGCAUCUAGUUUCUCCUAACACUAUUAUCCCUGAAUCAAGUAUUAAUAUUAUGAGAAUAUAGGAAACGAUCUUAAUCUCUGUCAGUACCUUAGGAAAUGUAUGUAGAACAGUGUAGAGAAUAUGCAUUCUUAUGCUGGAGUGUAAAGGGUUAUAAGCGGGAUAUGUUUCGUGUACAUUUCGUUCUUUGCGCGGUCUACAUUAGGAAAAUUAGUCACCUCAGCGUCGGUGAAAGUGGUGGAAAUGUAAAAAGUCCAUUUCUUUUCACUUCAAUUUCGGUGAAUAACUGUAAAAGAUUCUUAAGACUUUACCAAUAAAGAUUCAUGUAUGAUCGUUAUUUCAACAUUCAGGCAAACCAAGUCCGACAUCAAGACCACCUGCAAGGACCAAAGCUUUAGCAUUUACCGAAGUGACUACAAGUAAAGCCAGUGCAGCAUUAAUCACGGAUAAGGUUACUCACGCAGUAACUACCGCAGCAGAAACGGAGGAUACGACACUAACAGUCACAGAAACACCUUCAUCUUCUCCCUUUGUGGGGGAUAUCUGUAACAUGCAUAGGUUUGACUCUUUUAUGAUGGGCGCAGAUGGCAAGACGUACGUGUUUAGUGGAGAUUAUUUCUGGGUACUGUCAGCUUCUCUCAGUGUCGAAGAUGGCCCGCUAAAGGUAACAAGUAAAUGGAAAGAACUUGAAACACCCAUCAACAGCGCCUAUACCAAUCGAGACGGAAGGAUGGUAUUUUUCAAAGGAGGCAUGUAAGUAAUACGAUGAAACAUAUUCCUUUGAAAGAAACUAUGCGCAUUAAAGAUCGGGGUUGGGAAAAAAUCAAGAAAGAUAUUCAGUUAAAACUUGUCACCUUGCAUCGACGUGCAUGGAACUACACAGCAUUACAUUCUCCACUUUACUCCUUGAUCAUGACAACUUUGGUUUUAUUGUUGUCUUACUGCACAGAUACUGGAAAUAUUACGGUGACAUACUCGAAGAAGGUCCUGGUGACAUCCGUCAAAUUGGUCUGCCAUCGUCACUGAGUGAUCCUGAUGCGGCGUUUGUUUGGGGAGGCAAUAAAAAGACGUAUUUCUUCAAAGGGAACAACUACUGGCGAUAUAACGAGUUCAACAAAGCUGUGGAUAAAAAUUAUCCAAAGUCUAUAAUUGCUUGGGGUAAGAGAAAAUCACAAGACUUGAAUUGGUCCUUAUUGUUUAAUUUCUUGUCUGUUUCCUUUUCUCGACGGAUUGGGAAACAUUGCAACCUGAGUUUAUGAAGGACGCAAUAUAUGUUCACAGUUUUUCAAAAUUUUUUGCGAUGUUAGACUCGGCGCUUUCGAUAGUGCAUGUCGAAACAGAACAAGGGCCACUUUUCAUAUCCGAACCUGAUAACUUUGAACUUAGCUAAUUGCCUUGUAAGGUUUUCCGCAGUGGUAACAUGUGGGAGCUCGAUAACUGAAGGGUGUGGUGUUCUGUCGUCCCACGCUAGUCACAUAAACGAAUAACAACUUUCUUUAUUCGACGACCAAGUUCAGAAUUUACAAUCUUCUCAAUUUUUUCCAAUUCUCUCAAGUUUCAAACCAUCAAUUAUGGUUUGGAUACCGUUUAUGGACAAAGGUAGAAGGCUACCGUGCAAUGGGUUUUCAUUUAUUUAAUCUGUGUUUAACAUGACGUUUAAGGUUUGCCACACAACAUGGACUCUGUCAUGACCUGGAAUGGGAAUGAGAGGACAUAUUUCUUCAAAGAUGACGAGUAUUGGAGGCUUGAUGAUGGUUGGCUUGAGUUGGAAAGAGGAUAUCCUCGCAGCAUUACCCCAGUUUGGAUGAAAUGUGAAACAGGGUCACCAUAGAUGAUCCCACCCGUCGUCAAAUGUUCUUGAACAUGUACGGGAAAGAAGUAGUUUCUCAAGACACCAAUGUGCAGAAUAUUAGUUAAUUGGUAGAACAUUGGCCAUUUAAACUUCGUAAACCCUUAAAACCCUUUCCGC